CUCACAUCAACAAACCAAAUGCUCGCUGUCAUCUGUGACACUGUUAGCGCUGUUGUCGCAUGACACUGUCAUCGAUCAUGGCCAGCUCAUACACUACGAGAAAUGGGCGCACGAGCAAACGGGGUCUGUUUUUAGGAGGUGUUUGGCAAUGCGACUGUGAACCACGCCUCCCCGCAGACAAAUUCCAGGUGAAGAAUGGCGGAAAGAAUCACGGAAGGUGGUUCUACACUUGUCAAAAACCACAGCAUAAGCGUUGCAAGUUCUUUCUUUGGACCGAUGAUGCCAAAGUUCGCGAAGAAGCAGCUGUGUUGAGCAAUUCUCGUUCAGAACCACCUGCACCGCCCCAGACUCCUCGAAAACCGAAAGCGGCUGACAUCCCGCCUACUCCAGACACCAAAGCCAGCAAUUUUGGCUUGGAAAAAGGAGGCCAGGAUGAACAGUACUAUCAGCAAGAGUUGGAAGACGACUCGAGCUUCGACUGGUCCUCGAGCAAUGAUGAAGCGCUGUUAGAAGCAGAACUACAGAUAUCAAAGGAGCAACCACAUUUCGAAACCCCCAAGAAAGCUGCCAGAACGCUCUCCACCACUUCUCCAGGUAAAAGAGCCUUUCAUCAAAUGGUCGAGCAAAAAGAUGAUGCGGAUGCUACGUGGCCGCUGAGUGACGAUGUCUUCGCGACGCCAUCCACAUCACAUAAAUCCGGGGGCACCGGGCUCCUCUCACCUACAGAGACGCCUGCGCGAGACCGGUUCCAAUCUGUGGCCCCGGAGUCUGUGCCUUCUACCUUGGCAGUCGAAGUUCUUGCUGUAUUGUCGAAAGUAGCUUUGAGUUCAGAGGUGGAGAAGGAAUUGGUUGAUCUUCUCAAUAGACACGAUCUUCGUACCCAAGGAAUCAGCAAAGGUCGCGACAUCACUCGAUUAGCAGUCCAGGCUAAAGAACAGAAGAUCGCGGAACUCCAGGCUCGAAUUGGAGCUUUGGAAGCUGAACGAGAAACCAAUCGUGCAGUGAUCAAUCACAUGAAACAUGAUAUCGCCACCUCACCGAAAGGCAGUAGAAGCGCAAGGAAAGUUGCUGGGCGACGAUCAGAGGUGUGAUCAUGAUCCCAAGGAACGGAAAUAACGACCACUGUCAGGCAAUUGUUCAAUUACAACUCGGGACGCUAUCAACGGGCAGUCUCGAAAAGGGCCGUAACCUUGAUUCAAUCCUACAGGAUAUCAUCAACAAUCAGACGGGAUUGAAUCCUGACAAAAACAGAAUUUGGAAGGCCCUUGUCGCAUUACCUUCUGACCUAUCGUCACCUUGGCCUAUGUGUCUCGCUGAACAAACAGCUGCUCGCCGAGAAAUUGGUGUGAUGUGCGACAACAAGCGACAAAACUUUUGUGCUGAUCGAUGGGAAGCUUACCUCAGACAAGCCAAAAAGGUCUUUCCUCCUAGCUUGGAUAAUGGGCUUUGCACGACGCCUACCGCAUGAAGAGCCUAGACUCACAGUCCGAUGUGACUUAUCUUAUUCAGAUCAGCCAGCACUCUGCCAGCACUCUUCGGCCUUCAGGUUGCCGAAUUGUACGAACUCUCCUUCCUGCGAAUUGGUCAUCCAUAAGUUAGUGCAUUGCGCUCUUUGAUCUGGGACUUGAUGCAUGCAUUUGCACAAUAAAUUUGUGGUUUUCUUCCUAGACUUUCGGUUCUAUGCUGUGGCAAUUUUGGUCGCUUGUACGAGCUCUUCUUGCUGUAUGACUUUUCCAGCCUCGGGACGGGACUUUAUCGGUCUAAAAAUCCAAGGACAGUCUUCGAAAGUCAAAAGGGGAGCAAGUGAGGUUGCGAUCUUCGAAAAUCUGGUGGUCUACCAACGAAAUGGAAUGAAAAAUCAACUUAAUCCCCAAGCCGUCUAUUCGAUUAAGGAAGGUCAGGAACCUUGUGCAACUCUGAUGGUGCCUUUGUUCGCCUAGUCUCCUGUCAUCUAUACGCUGUCUCUGCCGAUGAAUG